UUUAUCAGAGGCUUGAACGACAACUUCACUUGUUCUGUCGGCGAAGUCGUUGUAUUGACGUUGGUUAGGCUAGAGAAAAGAAAGUCAAGAUGACAGCACCUAAGUUAGAUGUCACCAAGUUAGAUUUAUAUGCUAUUCUUGCCGUAGAUGAAAAUGCAACGGAAAAAGAGAUUGUGAAAUCCUACAGAAAACAAGCUUUGAAAUGGCAUCCUGACAAAAACCCUGAUAACCCAGAGGCAGUUGAAGUAUUUCACAAGCUUUCUAAAGCCUUGGAAAUCCUCACAGAUGCUCCAGCAAGGAUAGCUUAUGAUAAAAUCCAGAAAGCAAAGAAAGCUGCAGAAAAAAGACACAAAGAACUUGACAGCAAGCGCAAGAAAUUGAAAGAAGAUUUAGAAUUAAGAGAAAAUGCAGCCCAAUCACAGAAGGAUUUGGACAUUUCUGUUCAGAAAAACUUCCAAGCAGAAAUUGAAAGAUUAAGAAAGGAAGGUUCAAAAUUACUGCAAAAAGAACAAGAACUUUUACAAGAAGAGCUCAAAAAGACUGCAGAGACCAAACAGAAAAAUUAUGAUGAAGAAACAGUCACUCCAAAACUAAAGAUCAGAUGGAAAGCAAAGAAAGGUGAAGAGAGCAAUGGAGGAUAUUCAUAUUCUGUGCUCCAUUCCAUGUUUUCCAAGUAUGGGGAUGUCCUCAACCUGCUGGUGUCCAGUAAGAAGAAAGGCAGUGCUAUCCUGGAGUUGUCAUCUCAGUAUGCUGCUCAAAUUGCUGUCCAAAAUGAAACCGGUUUAGCUGAGAAUCCUUUGACUUUGACCUGGCUGGAAGGUCAGUCUCCUCCUCUAGGAUCUGCUGCUGCUUCAGAAGUCCAAAGCCAACCAGAUGAUUCAGAGAACAAAGCUGAUGACAGAUUUGCCAUGCCACAUGAAACCAAGACGGAGAGGGGAGACAAUUGGUCAUCUUACCAGUCUAGUACCGAGAAGGACUAUGAGAGCCUGGUGUUGAUGAAGAUGAGGCAGGCCCAGGAAAGACAACGCCUGAUAGAGCAGAUGAAGAAAGAAGAUGAGGACACAUGACACACUGCUUACAUGUAGUAAAUGUCCAAUUAAUCCGAACAGCUUGGCUAUUCUGGAAUUCUCUUAGCUACACGUGUUCAGACAGAUUCCAGGACACUUGUCAUCAGAAAAGGCAUUUAGUCAGUGUUUACUUGUUUACAAAAUAAAUAGAACAAUUCCUUGCUUUAUGGAAAAGCAAACAUGUAAUGUAAACCACUGAAAAAAUUAACAUUUACAGCAAAAUGAAAUGCUUCAAGUAUGCAAUAAUUUUUUUUCAUAAGCUUA